AUGCAGGAAGAAGCCGACUUCUCAAGGGAACGUGCCGGUGUCUAUCUCACGCGGGAUGCAGUCGAAAAGCACACUGCGGGUGAGGGGGCAAUGCGUUCACGAUGUCGACACAUUGCCGCACGCCGCACGCCGCACGCCGUACCCGUAAACCCCCGUAGCCCCGGUCCGGAAGUCGAGUAUAGGCACCUUGAUGCGGCCCACGAUGCAAGUGCCCGUGCUUUGAAAGCGACCGAGGAGACCAGACACGCGAUCACGGCGAUUUCACCUUCUCGCCGUCUCACCAUCUCCCCGUUUCGCGUUCAGCGUUCACUCUUCGGCGGUCGGGCUCAGCUCGGACGGGGUGAAAGGGAGGUAGAAAAGGUCACGAAUCAACCAGAGGAUGUAGAGGACACCGAGGACCCAUAA